AUGGCCGUGUCCAGUUGGAUGAUUCGAAGGAGCCUACGCCAGCGAAGUCGACCGGCACCGGAAGAUUGUUACCGGCUGGAUGCGGGCAAGACGCUGCGCGAAAACGCACAGGACAUUUUCACCGGGCUGUGUGCGUCCCAUACGACCACUAACAAGCGGCUCAGCCUGCUGAAUGGGCUGGUGAAGCUGAUUGACCGGUGGAAGCGAGACGUCGGGCUUGGAAGUGGUGGCUCACUGCACACGGAUACGACCGAUCCGAGUGGAUCCGAGCUGCGAAAGUCUACCGGUCAAAUAGCGGCGCUACGUGAGGCCACAUUCGUGUACACGGUGUUGGAAUGGAUCUGCUGCGUUAGCCGCUGUCUCGUGCAUCAGUUGCCGCAGAUUCGGGCAGGAGCUUUGCGGGCUUUACGACGGUUGUUGCUCACGCCGGAUGAUUUGCGCGAGCUGAACCGGCUCCAGUUGGCGCAUCUCACGUGUCGCAGCUUGGACGUGAUGCUGCGGAAUGGUGAGGAACGGCUGCAGGCGUUAAAGCUGGUCCGACGGAUGUUGGCGGUCUCGCCGGAGGAUCUACAUCCCGCGAUUGUCCACUGUUUGGUGGCGCUGUGCGAGAGCAGUAGCGGGUUAGGUGCGACUGGUGGCCCUGGUGGUGGUCCUGGUGGUGGACCGGGUGGUGGUGCUGGUGGGCACGUGGGUGGAGGACCCGGAGAAGACCGAUUGUUGCGGUGUUGCCUUGCGACACUGUGCGAAAUCGGUGUACUGAACCCGAUGCUGCUGAUCGCGUGUGGUGGAGUCGGUGUCAUCACACGCAGUGUCCUCGAAUGUCACAGCCCACGUAUCGCUGAAAGCCUUUGCGGUGUGCUGCUGUACCUGCUGGAGUGGCCACUGACGCGUGAAACCGCUGGAGUACGGCUAGAUUGCUUCGCUGCACCGUACUGCGAUUUUACGUACCGCGUCGGGAUCAUGGAUCGGAAUAAGGAUGCGCGCGAUUUGCGCUUCACCUGCAGCCGGCUCGCCUUACUGUCGGUGUUGCGAUCGUGGGCGGGAACGAUCGAGUUUUGUGACCCACACCGGCCAUCUGGCUUGAAGGCGCUCAUCGGCAUCCUGUACCUGAAUCAGCUCGAGAUCCGGAAAGCCGUGCUUGACCUGCUGUACGAGCUGAUCGGGCUUCCGCAGCCGGUUUGGACCGAUGAGUAUUCCGUCGCGAUGUCCGCUGUUGAUCCGGCAGAGUAUCAGGACGCUUGGCGAUUGCAUGAAGGGUUCGUAGCAGCGGAAGGUACCGCCAUCCUUCCCAGUCUGGCCGGAGCUGUUCCGAACCUCUGCGAGGUACAUCUCGCACUACUGCUGUACUGCUUCGUCGAACACGGGCUGCUGAACGCGCUCAUCGAGGUCAUCAUCUCUAGCGACACGUUCAUCUCGGUGCGUGCCACCAUCCUGCUGGCGAAGAUAUGCCACCAACUGCACUGUCUACUUCCUGCGGAGAUUUGCACGCGUACACCGGCCGCAGCCCUACCGGCGUUGGUCGCCCGUGCGAUCGAGGGAAGCCAUCAAGCGCGAGCGGCCAUUAGCGCCCUCCAGCAGCAUCACCUGAUGCUACAGAAUCGGCCCGCUUCCUGUAGCCUUUAUCUCGAUUGUAUCAUUCAGAGUGGGGCGUUGAUUAACACACGCGCUUUUCGCCGGGAGCUGGUUCCAACUGCCGGACAACAGACACCAAUCCCGGGGAAAUACGGCACACUAGAUGGGUUGAAACGCGUGCGGCAUGACUCAACCGGAUCAACCGGGGGUCUUGGCGGGUUUAGUGGGUUUUUCGCAAACAUGUCUGGGAGUGGUGGUGGAUCGGCGUACGAUUGGAACUGGUCCCGACAGCCCGGAUACGAUGGGUUCGAGCGAGAUCUUACUCGAAGCAGUAGCAGCAGUGGAGGUAGCAGCAGCACGCUCAAACGCACCGCUAAGCGGAAUGUGCUGCAGCAGCUGUGGUCCAGUCUAAAGGAAGGUGAUCGGUUGAUUAAGGAUUCGAACGUACUUGCGGUGAAGGACGCUAACAUGUGGGAUUGGGAUAUCAUCAUUACGAUCCUGAGGUCUGACCUGCUAGGGAUGAAGCUGGAUGAGCAGAACACACGCUUUGUGCGAAGGAUUGUCGAUUACUUCAAGCCAAGCAACAAUCGGUUCUCGCAUCAGGAUUUUUCACAUCUCAACAGCAACCGUCAGAUGCCAGCGUACGUGACGGCUGGCUUGGAGCUGAUCGACACGAUGUUACAAUCACCAGAGCUCGAGUACAUCCGCAACCUAACGGAUCUGUUCACCGACAUCAGCCGGCAGCUGUUGGCGAUUCAUGCGAAAAAAUCCGCCCACGAGUGCCUGUUCAGUCCGCUGCACAUGACCGGUACGAUGUGUCAGCAUUACUUCCUGUUUAUCGGCCGAAUGUGUCGCACCGAGCGCGGGCUCGAGAUCCUUCGCAACACGGACGUGUUUAAGGAACUAACGACGAUCGUGUUGAAAACGAAUCACCUUUGCUACGUGAAGCUGAUCGUGUCUGGGCUCGAUUACAGUCUCGAGGGUGAACCACGUGCGAUUCUGGCCAAAGCGUUAUUGCGGCAUCCUUGGCCGAAAGCGCGGCUGUACGCGACCCAACUAAUGCGCGUUUUGUUACGCGCUCGAUUGCCAAACUUUGAGGUGUGGGGUAUACAGCUGAUGUUGAAGCUGGUGGCGGCCAUAUUGGGUGACGGACAGGCCCGGUGUGUGCAAGCCGCCGCUCUGGAGCUGCUUGAAGAGGCGUGCUACGAACGAUCGUACCUCGAAGAGUUAGCACACUCUUGGCCACGGCUUGAUCGGCUUGGCCACCGUGGGAAGAUGGUGCUUAUGCGGUUCUACUCGAUUCCGCGUGGGUUGAAUCACCCCGAAGCUCGCGUUCCACAAGAGCUCGAGCAGUGGGUUGCGGUUCAUAACGAGCGGUACGUACUACUGGUGGAGGCGGACACACACGCUUACCUAACGCAACACACACGCACCGAGGAUGGCACGUACAGUCGGCGACAUGUGGCCAGUGGAGCUCCAAGUGACGGAACAUCGGCAGCUGGGGCACCUAACCUCGCACCACAUUUGUAUGGCCAGUUGGUACAAACGAGCCAGGGUUUCUCGCAACUGCUGCGUCACGGUCAGGUUCCGGAACUGGCGGAACGCGUCCGAGCUGGUCAGUGUGGGGAUGAACGUGAGUGCUUACGUUUGAAAGCGGCCAUGUGGGCGAUGGCACAUACCUACACGAAUAAGGAAGCGAUCGAGUACAUGAGCGAGCAUUAUCCGUGGUUAUUACCACAGCUGGUUCUGCUCGUACGUUCCGCUGAAGUCUACUCGAUCCGUGCGACCGCCCUCGGAGGGUUGUGUCUGGUCGCCAGCACCGCUUCCGGUGCCGAUGCGCUUCGUUCGCUCGGUUGGGUCGCGGUACGUCACGACCGGAACACACACUGGCCGGUACACGAACCGGGUGAUUGGUUAGGUCCAGCUGGGGCCACUCCGACCGUUCCCUUUGGCAGUGAGAGUGAUGGAGAUGGACCACCGGGUGGUGGACGACGACGGCCUAGCUUCGUUUCGACCACCGAGGAUGAUAACAGUGCCGCCAACAGCCUAUCCGUGAGUUUGGCCGCGGGUGCGACCGCUUCCUCCUCGGGGCUAGUGUCCGGAGCGGGUGAUUUCUCGCCCAUUCCAAGCUCCUCGUUGCUUGGGAGUUCCGAACGGGAGGGGCCUAGUUUGGGCCGGAAGCAGCAUCGUCUCGCGAGUCACGUCCGGCGGCCGCUAUUGUCCUGUUCGUCGGCGGAUGGAGAUGAAAUCGAGAUGCUCGAGAAUCCACGUGUGCUCGGAUCGGGCCAUGUGCCCUCGUACGCGGAAUCGUUCGCGUACAGCAUGAAGAUUGGCAGUCUCGAUCGGAAGUACCACCGGCUUAGUUUGCAGCACUACUCUCUCAGCGAAGAUGGCAACACGGGCUCGAAGAUGAACCGAUCGUUUCAUCCUACGAAAUCAAACCCGCAAGGACCGUGUUUUGUCGGUAUUUGCUUCCCACGUGACAUUAUGGAGCUAUUUCCGGAACACGAACAGCACCGUCCCUUGACAGUAGGGUCGAUUAUACUUUCUAACCGUGGUACGAUGCGUCCAGCUAAGGAUACAACCCGCUCGGCAAAGUUCGCUAAGACGCACCCAAUACGCACGCUCGAGUUAGAAGAAGAUGGCACGUUCGAUUACGAACAGGAACCAAAAAGCACUCCAGGAUCCACUGACGUGCCGGACGAUCGAACCCAAGUCCGGUGGUCACAUGCCCGACACAAUCGAACCCAAUGCGUUCGAUGUUGCCGCAGCGAUAAUCCUGACGAACGAUGGAACCCACGUCAGACCGGUCCCGAUCGGCCUCCGGUAGAUGACGCGAUCGCAAACAACAUCCUGCGGCACGUGCAACGACUCGCGAAUCCCGUGUGGAGUAAGCAAUCCCGAAGCGUCCUGCUAGAUCUCAAACAAACGCAACCGGACGCGUUUCAGGACGUGUGUCUCUACUCGGAGGUUUGCCGGUUACUUGGCCGAAACACGUACCGGCUCGGAUCGCGCCGGUUUUUGCAGGAAUUAUUCCUUGAUCUCGACUUCCUUGGCCCUGCUGGUGACGGUGAUGAACCACCGGCCAAACCGGCCGCUCCGUUACACAUCCAAACGCAGAAUCUCCCGCCAGUGGCUGGCAAGGGCUCGACCUUGUUACGAUCGCCUCCGUUGGCCAGCGUGUAUGAGGCGAGUGUGGAGAACCUCGACGAGAUGGAUUCAACUCCCGGGCAACAUUCGACACAGGACAAACCCCUUGUUCAACGUGUCCUAGAUCCACCUCGGCCGGAAGACGAAGCGGUGCGUUUGCGUGCGGUUCCAACGGCUCUUGGGCUACCACCUGCAAACCGGCCCCGUUCAACCGGAAGUCAGAGCACGGUCGGAGGUGCUGGUACGGUUCCUCCACGACCUCGCUUUUACACGCUCGAAAUGGAUCUAAGCUGUUCACGCAAUAAGUUCCCGAUCCGCGAUCGUAGCCGGCAUGAUUAUUCACCCACGACGCCCACGGCUGGACCAAGUCAACCGUCACCACUGUCCGCUAGCAGCUCGUCGACAUCCUUCAUCAGCACCGGAAGUGCGAGUGCCGUCACCAGCCCGACUCAACCCGGACCCGCCAACUUUGGGGCGCUUUUCUGUGAGCAACGACUCCGGUUGAAGGCGUCAAAAUCUGAGGCCACUCUUACGAAGAAUAAGUAGACACCGCCGGCAAUGCUGAAGGGUCCUUUGCAGGACCUUCACUCAGCGGGCUGUUACAAUCCAAAGUUACGUUAAUCGUUCCCAAACUGCCGUCGAACCUGUUGCGGCGUAGUAUAGCGUACUCCUCGUACUCCUUUGCCGAACCUGCAGGAGUCGACCUGACACGCGCGAGAACACCCAAACCGAUAUGUGUUCCGCAUCCCCCUUCCCCCAUCCCACGAAGCACGUCGAUUGUAUUAUAUCUAGAGGCGUAAGUUUAGCUAGGGAGUUUGCGAAAGAGGCCACCCACGCUCGGAUGUGGUGUACUCCGUGAUCGUAUUAGUCUACAAACCCCCCUUAUUUUUACCCCACUCGAGCGUGGGGACGUGUGGCCCCUUUGUGUAGCUAGGUAUCGUGUGGGCACUUCCGGCCUUUCAAGAGCCUGCGCGAAAUGGUGCGCCUUGUAACCAUUAGUAACCAUCUUCGU